ACCAUUUAAUAGUCUUCUCCAUCCACUCUUAUAUAUACCUAUCAGCUUCUCUUUAAUACCAUACCUCUCUCUCUAUCUCUCUUUCUCUCAAAUUCACUAGCUACAGCUACAUACUGAAUAUGAAGAAGGGGAGGUUUAUAAGAGCAUGUGCAAACAAAUGGAGGAAGAUAGGGAGUAAAGUUGUACCUUGCACAGCCUGUGAGCACUGCUGCCAAUGGGUUUUGUGGUCUCCCUUGCAUGAGGAUUGCUUCAUCCCGCGAGACGUCCCCAAGGGUCACUUGGUUGUCUAUGUGGGUGAGAAUAAGAGAAGGUUUGUAAUCAAAAUUAGCCUUCUCAAUCACCCUCUGUUCAAGGCAUUGCUGGAUCAAGCACAAGAUGAGUUUGAUUUCACUGCAAACUCCAAACUCUGCAUUCCUUGUGAUGAGAACCUUUUCCUUAGUGUUGUCGAUCGCGCUAGCGCACCUGAUAACCGGCAAAUCCCUUUGCGUCUUUGAAGAUAGGUUGUUGUCGAAUUUCAUUUAUUCUGAAGAUCUAAAUCCUCUUUGAGAAUGCUGAUAUGUAUUUAGCCACGAUUUGUUGUAUACUAAUGUAACUUGAUUAAAAAAGUAGUGUUAUCACUUGGGUCCUAA